AUGAACAUCCUCAUAGUGUUUUGUUUGCUAUUCAAAGGUUCAGAGGGACUGCAGCGUGAAGUGGCUGAUUUGUCGUUUGAUUAUUUCAUGUAUAAAGAUGUGAAAUACUUAUGUUUUUUAUCCUGCGAUAAUGCCUACGAAACAAAAUUAAUGCUCAACAAGUUUUUAAACACAGACGUAAGACUGUCAGUGCGAAGAACAGACGAAUCCAAGACUUCUUUGGAAUGGUUUCUCCGGCAGUGGACCGUGCCUGUUGGGGUUCUGUUAGAUUUGUCUUGUAGUGAAUCGCUUGACAUACUUGAAGAGGCGUCGGCAAAAUCAUUGUUUGACGCCACUCACAUGUGGCUCAUGCUGUUGAAACACAACGAAACGUUUGAAGACUUGUUCCAACGACUUAACCUCAGCGUCGAUGCUGACAUCGUCGUGGCGCAAUAUGACGGGGAAUGUCACCAACUCACAGACGUGUACAACUUCGGGCGCAUCCAGGGAAACGACCUGGAGACGGAGCACCUCGGCGCCUGGGGACCUGGCACAGGUUUAGAAAUAAAAAAGAUUGGUUUCAAAUAUUAUAGGCGUUGGGAUUUCCACAAUUUGACGCUUCGUGCUGUAUCAGUGAUCCUAGAAAAACCGGAUGUCUUCAAACCAGAGAUGCUACUGGACGUAAAAUACACCCCUGGUGUCGCCGCUAUGACUAAAAUAUCGGCGCAAUUAUUGAAGGCUCUGAUGGAGAAGCAUAACUUCAGGUUUAAUUACACAAUAGUUAGCCGAUGGAUUGGUGAGCCAGUGGUGAACUCAACUUUGACAGUGACCAACUCUCUGUACUGGCGCCAGCAAGACAUCUCGUGCACCACCGCGAGGAUCUUCCCCAAGUGGCUGGAGUGGGUCGACAUCUUCCACCCUCCGGCUUCCAUGCUUGAGACGAAGUUCUACUACUUGAUCCCGGACAAAGGCGUGGGCGAGUACGAGAACCGCUUCCUGACGCCGAUGUCCCCCGGGGUGUGGUGGUGCUCCUGCGGCGCGGCGCUGGCCUGCGCGCUGGUGCUGGCGGUGUCCGCCGCCAUGGAAGGCCGGCCCAAGCCCGGGUUAUACGCCUUCUUUAGUGUGGUCGCUGCGCUGUGCCAGCAGGCAUACGAAGAUGGCGUUAUCUUCUUAGAAGAAAGGUUUUCAAGUCAAGGGCGCCGCAGCACGCUGCUGGUGAUCGGGCUGACGAGCAUGCUGCUGUACAACUACUACACCAGCAGCGUGGUGUCGUGGCUGCUCAACGCCGCUGCUCCUAGCGUCGCCUCCAUAGACGCACUUAUCUCCAGCGACCUUGAGCUGGUCUUCGAGAACGUUGGCUACGCGAAGGGAUGGCUUGCUAACCCUGGAUUCUACUACUUCAGUGGCUUCAAGAAUCCGAAAGAAGAUGAAUUAAGAGAGAAGAAAGUGAUUCAAGCGCAAAGAACUACACCUAUCUUUCAGUUGCCUGAAGACGGCAUGAAUCUAGUUCGCAAAGGCGUGUACGCGUACCACACGGAGCCGUACACCGCGAGCCAGGUGGUGGCGCGCUCGUUCGAGGAGCGCGAGCUGUGCGCGCUGGGCUCGCUGCAGAUGAUGCCGCCCGCGCCCGUCUACAUCAUGGCCCAGAAGCGCAGCCCCUACGGACAGUUCUUCAUUUGGAGCCUAAUGCGUUUGUCCGAGCGCGGGCACUACACGGCGUCGCAGGCGCGCGUGGGCGGCGCGAUGCCCGCGUGCUCGGGCCGGGCGCCGCGCGCGCUCGCGCUGGGCCAGGCGGCGCCCGCCUUCGCGCUGCUGGCGCUGCUCGCCUUGCUGGCGCUGCUCAUACUGCUGCUCGAGAUACUGUGGUUCAAGUACGUAGCUGUUGCUGGCAGUUGCACCAGCAGUCCUCUUUGA